UCUUUCAAAAAUAUCAUUAAAUGGGAAUUGAAUUAAUGUCCUGAUGGGAAACAGUGGUAUAAAAUCACAGUGAUAUCAUGAAUCCAUUCAAUGCUUGUCCCACAGUGGAAGUGACAACACGUUCCUUUUUUUCCUUCAAAAUAACAAUUUUAAAAAAAACAAACAAAAGCAAAAAUUACUCAACGAAGGUAUUAAAACGAGAUUAUAAAAUGAAGCAAUUUUUCGUGAUGAUAUUGAUGUCAAUAUUCAUCUUUUAUUUUGAUGUAAUAAAAGCCCAAAAAUUUGAUAUGUAUGAUACAACAACAACUGGUUUAAGUGAUGAAUCAAAUGAGGAUUAUAUUGACAACGAAAUUGAUAUGAAAAAAACAUAUGUAUCUGGUAUUGAAAAGCUUUUUCAAAGUAUCAUGCAAACAUUAAUGUUACAACAACAAUCAAGUUUUGCUGCAAAAUUUAUAUCACAAUUGCCAAAAUCAGUUAGAGAUUUUUUUGCAAAUCAAGACAAUGAUAUUUUAACUUCACGAAUUAAUGGUUUUGGUGAUGCUCUAAACGCAUUCAAAGAAGAUUUUCAUGCUGUUUUUCCAGGGACGCUUUGGUGUGGCGGUGGAAAUGUUGCCAAAACAAACGAAGAAGUUGGACUAUUUUCACAGGUUGAUAGAUGUUGCCAGCAUCAUGAUCAGUGUCCCUACAGCAUCCAGCCGGGAGAGACCAUGGAACAACUUAUUAACAAUGGAAUGUUUACGAGAUCAGCGUGUUCGUGUGAUUAUGAAUUUUUCAAAUGUUUGAAAAAUAUAAGUACAUUGAUAUCUGUUAAUAUUGGAACAACGUAUUUUAAUAUAUUGAGACCACAGUGUUUUGGCUAUCAUUAUCCAGCAAAAACUUGCACAAAAUAUGACACAAUAAGACUACAUGAUAAAAAAUGUGUUAAAUAUAAAUUGGAUUACUCGAAAAACAAGAGCAUGGAAUGGUACGAUCUUCCUGAUUUUUAAAAAUGAGAAUACCAAUGAUUAAAUUCAUUUACUGCCAUAAUAAUUAUUUAACUAAUUUUAAUUAUAUUUGUAAUUU